AUGGCUACAUCACCGCCUUUGGUGCUGCUGCGUGUGCUGGCGCUCUUGAGCGUCUUGCUCACGACUGCGUUUGUGCUGGACAUGGCGAGGAACACGUUGCUGCCGUCGCAGUGCGACAUGACGUGGUCGUGGCCCGUGUACACGCCCGUGACGUGGCACUCGAGUGGACCGGUUGUGCACCCAAAGUACCGUCUCUAUCGCGUGCACAUGAAGUCGGCGCGCGAGCCUUUGACUGGUGUGCCCGUCCUGUUUGUGCCAGGGCACGGCGGUAGUUACAAGCAAGCGCGGUCGUUGGGUCGGCAUCUAUGGGACAUGGACGACGACCUGUUUGACGUGUUUGCACUGGAAUUUAACGAAGAGCCGACGGGACUCAAUGGAAACUUCAUUACGGACCAAGCGACGUAUCUCAAUGACGUCGUGCGCGCGAUUCUUCACGCGUACCGCACGAGACGCAAGACGAAAACGACAGAGGAGUACGCUCUCAAGCGUGCGAGGCCAGAGAGCGUCAUGCUAGUGGCUCAUUCCAUGGGCGGCAUCGUCGCCCGUACUGCAGAAGCGCUGCCUAAUUACAAACGACACUCGAUCCAACACGUGGUGGCACUUGGUGUACCGUACGAGCAACCGUCGUUCGUGUUUGAUGCCGAGAUGAAUGCCGUGUACGACCGAAUGCACGCUGCGAGACAGCCGGACGACAAUGUGGUCUAUGUCUCGAUUGCUGGUGGACACAAGGAUACACUGGUACAUACGUCGUGGACGAGUGUGGACACGGUGGCUGACCCGUCGCGGGCCUUUGCAGCGCUGGCGUCGGCGCUUCCAGCAGUGAAGACGCCAGUAGACCAUUUCUGUUUGGUAUGGUGUCAUCAGUUGCUGAAAGUUGUUGCGCAGAGUUUGUACGAGGUUGUGGAUCUCGAGACGAGAAAGCUAGUAAGCAGUCCGAGUGCGCGACUUGCCAUUGCGAAGAAAGUGGUGUUUGGACAGUUAGGUGCUGAGCAGGAUGUGGAGAUUGAGGGUGCUGCGAACGUUUCGUUGCACCGGACGUAUGUGCAGGAUGGAUAUUAUCCCGGAGAGUACACUGGAUAUGCGCUGUCCCUCCCGCUCUUCUUGGCCAAGCUGCUGCGUACUAAAUUGACGAUGGUGUUCGUGAUCAUGUACGCGUUGGCGUUGCAGAUUUUCUGCGCACAAGUUUCGCAGUGGCAAAGUCGCUUCAAUUUGCAGUCAACAUAUGGUACGGAGGAUCUUCACCCAGAGAACUUUCCAUCGUUUACAUCGAUGCUGCACCCUUGGACGCAUGCUCCUGCUUUUUUCAAGAACAUGGUCACGUAUUGCUCGCGCAAAACAGCCGACGUCGGCGUGAGAAGGGUCGCGGCGGCAGCCAUUGCUGUACUCACGCUCGUUCUUACGGCUUGGGUGCUCUACCUGUACAAUGGCGGUCAGAUGCUCACUGAACAGGCAGCAGACAGUUCGAUUGCUAUGAUGGCGGCAGUUGCUGAGUUUGUCAUUCUAUACGCCUACGCGCUGGGCUUGUUGUACGCGCUGACGACACUAUUUUCGUUGCUACAGCGCUUUGCCGUAUUGCCACUUGUGUCAGUUGUUGGCAAUGUGACUGAUCGACUGAAGCUUCGCAGCUGGAUGCUGGUCGUCAUCAUCCACGCGACUGCACAGCUGCUGGGGCAUUUUACGAGCUCCUCGUCAUGGAGUUCUUCUCAAAUCUUGGGACUGUUGGUAUUGGCGUCGUUCGUCGUGUUUGUCGUGUACACACUGGCGUUGGGUGGAGACAGUUACGGAACGUCGGAUCAGCAGCGCAUGCAACGUUCGCUCUUCGCUGUGCUAUGGCUCUCCAUUUUGUCCUGGGUCGGAAAAAUGGCUUACUUUGCUGGGAUAGCGCGUUUCCCACCACCAGAGCUCUCGAACAGUCUCUUGAUGGAAGGUGGCUCGUACGUUGUCAUUCUGAGCAUGUACACGUACCUUAUCCAUCUGUCGCUGAGCGGAAUGAUCCCGCUGCCUCCGACGGCAUUUUUCGGUGCUUCGUCCGGACAAGAUGCAGCUUCUGUCUACGGAAAGUCAUCCAGCAGUGCAGCCAGCAGUGUCAAAAUCACGGCUGAAAACUGUCCAAAGUGUGUAUUCGAGGAUGGCGGUCCUGGGGCUGUGUUUGUCGAGUACAGCGACAAGACAACGCACUGCGUUACGGAAGGCACAGCUGGUGGGGCGGUGUACGUCGGCCCGACGUUUCGUGUCGUUUUGUGUGAUUGUGUGUAUCGGUUCAAGGUUUCGCGAGACUUCUGUGACUUCUGCAUCCGAUCGUGUCGAUUGUGCGGAGGCGGAAAUGGAAACUUCCAGGAGGCUGCCAAGUACAAAGUGUUCCUGGAAGAGAGCAAGGUGGACAUGGCGAUGCAUGCCAUCGUGCCGAUGGCUUUCCAGGUUUGUGCAGCUAUCCAGGCUACCUAUGGCUUGUACCGAGCGCGAAUGUUUUUCUACCUCACGCCCGUGUGCGCUCUAGCGCUAGUCGUGUAUCACGUCUUGCUUCGCCAUCCCAUCGAGACUCGACGCAUCAAGAACAAGCAGCGCGAAAGGGCGACAAAGAGGAACAAGUCGCCAGGUGUGUCCACGAACAAGCCGACCUCAGCUGCUACCGUCAUACCGUCGGCGGCACCUCCUGCAACAAGCAACGAGACCGCUCCUCGCACUAAGAAGAAAAACAAGCGCAAAUCGAGAACGUCGCUUACUUCGUCUGCGUCACCGCCGAAAGUGAAGGAUUCCACCGCGUCGUAG